AUGGAACAAAAUACUAAAACUAACUAAGAAUAUGUAAUGGAAUCUUGUUUAUUUUAGUUUAAAAAACUGAUGCUGAUACGCAAGAAAAUGAAUGAUGUGAAGGCUGAUCAGAGUCCCACUGUGAUUAAAUACCUGGUGAGAAGAAAGAGUGCUGACGAAAUUCAGGUACCAUUGCAUGAUGUCGAAUACAACAAUCAACCAGAAAGGAAAAACGUGCUGUACUUUAAGAACUUCCAAAAGGUGACAAUAGAUCCGCAUAUAAAAUUGGAUGAAAUCAAUGAAGAAAAAUGGACAAUCAUGACCAAUAAUUAUAAAUCACUCAUAGAGAGAUCUCGUUAAAGCGUUUAAAGACAUAAUGAGAGUGGUUAGAGUCUAUUCCAUAAUAAGGAACCACGUAAGAUGUAAUUCAUUACAAGAAGAUAGUCAAUUGAAUAUCGAUUACGUGAAAUUACUACUUCUACCAGCAAUCACACUUCAGUCUCACCUCUGAAAUUGACUACUCAAUCCAAUGUCAAUCCUUCAGUAGACCCCACUUAUGCUCGAUUCAAAAAAUAUUAUUAAAGAAUUGGCAUUCCCACCGAUAGUCCCAUUAAAUUGAGACUAUAAAGGAUGAUGUCCAUUCCAAUGGCACCUCAAAAGAAGAAAGACAAAAGUACUUAUUCAACGAAUUCUCAAAAUCGUUCUCCUUCUCCAGUUUCUAAGAUUCUGAACACAAAAGCCAAUAGUCAAUUGUAAUACCUCAAAGAAAUCAGAGAGAUAUGUUCCAUAGCCUCCAACUAUCAUGCAGAGGUUAAACAAGAUGAAAGAAAUCAGAUUUAACAUGCAAGUUAAUAGGUUGGAUACAUCUAAGCUGAAUUCAAUAAAUUUCACAACAUGUUGACAUCGGAUUUAGAAACUGUCAAUUUCAUUGAUGAUAAAAAGUGAUUAUUAUAAAUAAUGAAUAAUUUACUAUAUUAAUUUUAGACUAUUGGCUUUGCAUGUGAUAAAGAAUACCAUAAGGGAAUGAAAGAAGUUAAGAGACGAUUCCAAGAAAUCAACCAAUUUAAAAAGAAGGCACUGAAGGAUUUUAAUAAUGUGGAUAAUGUAAUAAAUUCCAUUAGUGACAUUAUUGAGAAAAGGAAAAGAGAACCUCUGAGCAAAUCCAUUGAUUGCACUUCCUUUCCCAACACCAAAUAAUAGAGACUACAAUCGUGUCUCAAUAAAAUGGGCUAAAUAGAUUACGAUUAAUAACAACUAGAUAGAGAAUCUGGAAUCAGAACUGCUAGCAUCUUUUCUGAUCGAAUUGCUGCCGUACUACCAUAAAAGGAACUGGCUGAUAAAGAAUUGAACCAAGAAUUAGCUAUCAAUUGUCAUUUGCAUGACACUUCUAAAUUCGGAUAAAUUAUGGAAUAAGCCUUGCUUCUACAUUCCUUCCACAAGGACUGUAGUGAAAAGCUUAAUCAAAAUCUAAGUUUAUUGGAUCCCAACAAUUUUAAAACCAGAAGGGAGAGGGCUAAGUUCCAAUAUAGAAAUGAAAUGAAUUAAAAGAGCAUCUAAGCUUAGGAAUAUUACAUGAAAAAAUUUCAAUUAGAACACAUGAGAUUAAAGGAUAGAUUAAUAGACUCUGAUCAAAAAACACUUAUCGAUCAUAAGUAUGGUUAAGAUAGAAAUAAGGGAUCUAAAAGUGCAAAAAAUAGGAAGAGAAUUCAAUAAGUAACAGAAAAAAUUAAUAGAAAUAAAAUAGUUGUUAUCUAAAAUUUAUUUAAAUCAGGACAUGAUCAAAAAUCCCAAAAAGCAGAAGAAGUACUUAGGUUCUUAGAAUUGUAUUCAAAAGUUGAUCGAGAAAAUAAUUAAGUAUUUAGUUAAAUAAUUGAAAUCAAUGGUUAAUUUUCAAUGAAAAUUGAAUUGUAUUUGAGGAAGAUUUUCUUCAAAUUCUCCAAUUAAGAGUGUGAUGAUUUAAAUGAACUGUACAAGUAUAUAAAUUUGUCAGGUUAUCUUGAAUGUUUUCGUCUGUCCCAUCUGGACAUUGAAGACAAAGAAUUGAUCACUGUUUAUGAGAACAAUGUGAAGAUUUAAAAUUCGGAUAAGGAUCGAGGAAUGAAUUUUACUUUUUUCAGAGAUUCUCUAAUUGAUGUUGCAAAUUGCAUUUCUUUAUUGCCCAGCAAAGAGGAAAAGCUACAUAGGUAACUCUCUUAAUUUAUAAGUGUAGAUUGGUGGAGGAAUACCUUUUGGAAAUUUAUAAUCAAGUGCUUGAUUAAAAUGAAAUUCGAGUACUCACAAUUAAAUCUUAUUAAGUGUUCAAUGGUCUAUUCUUUCCGCUGAUACAAAAACUGUUUCUUAUGUAUGGUCAAUCAAUAUAGAAUUACAACUUCCAUGAUCAAAGACUUAAUUUGGACAAGAUUAUUUUGGUGUUUAUGCAAAUAAAGGUGUUUCCACAAAAGUUCAGCAAACAAUUCAUAAGACAUCAUUAUUGUUAUUGUGCUGAACAGGAUGAAGGAUUAAAUGUGAAUGAAUUUCAGCAUUUCAUAAACAUCAUGGCUUUGAGUCAAAGCAAGCGCAUUUCGAUUAGUAGGGAACUCAACAAUAUCAUACAGUAUAACCAAUAUAAGUUGGCAUCGAAGUUCGAAGAUAUAAAUGAAUACGAGUAAAAAAUAUUCAGGAAAAUAAUGAUAUUUUAUUUUCAUAGUGAAUUCUUAAAUUUAUAAAAUGUUGAAUAAGAUUGA